AUGAGCACGCCUUCCAAUAUCUUGAAUGGGAAGCGGACUAAGAGACAAAGGCCACAAUCACCCUUACCAUUCUCAGUUGCACAUGCAAAUUCUUCAAGCAACUAUGCAGGAGGUGAUUAUGUGACUAGCACCACCACGAGUGACGAGGACUCGGCUGGGCCUGGCACCACGGAGGAGGAGGAAGACAUGGCAAAAUGCUUGUUGCUAUUGGCGCAAGUUGGUCCCAAAAAUGAUUCAAAUUUCGGGCUAGUUCCUUAUAAAUUCACUAGCAAAAAGUACUUGGAAACAAGCAUAAGUACUAAUGGCAAAACAGGCAUUUAUGUCUACCAAUGCAAAACAUGCAACCAAACAUUCCCUUCUUUCCAGGCUCUAGGUGGUGACCGGGCUAGUCACCGCAAGCCUAAGAACGUUAACGCGGCCUUGGAGAACAAGUCGAGGCUUAUAAUCUCAGAUGAAGACGAAGAUCAGCCACCACCAUUCAAGAGAAGUUCUCAUCUGGACAGGCCUUAG